AUGGCCGGGGACCCUCGCGCCAAGGCCGCCACUCUGGACCUGAGACACCGGCUGCUCAGGUACCAGACAGAGCUGGCCCAAUUCUUCGCCUGUCCCCACAGCUCUUCCUGCAGACUCUUUUUUCCUGAGGAUCCUGUUAAGAUUAUCCGAGGCCAAGGGCAGUACCUGUACGAUGAGCACGGACGAGAGUUCCUGGACUGUAUCAACAACGUGGCUCAUGUUGGCCACUGCCAUCCUAUCGUGGUCCAAGCUGCACAUGAACAGAACCUGGUGCUCAACACCAACAGCCGAUAUCUGCAUGACAACAUCGUGGACUAUGCUCAGAGGCUAUCAGAGACCCUGCCGGAGAAGCUCUCUGUGUUUUAUUUCCUGAAUUCUGGGUCAGAAGCCAAUGACCUGGCCUUGAGACUGGCUCGCCAGUACACGGGACACCAGGACGUCGUAGUGUUAGACCAUGCUUAUCACGGUCACCUGAGCUCCUUGAUUGACAUCAGUCCCUACAAGUUCCGGGACCUGGAUGGCCAGAAGGAAUGGGUCCAUGUGGCUCCUCUCCCAGACACCUACCGAGGCCCUUACCGGGAGGACCACCCUGAUCCAGCAAAGGCCUAUGCCAGUGAGGUGAAACGUGUGAUCAGCAGUGCACAGGAGAAAGGCAGGAAGAUUGCAGCUUUCUUCGCUGAGUCUCUGCCCAGUGUAGGCGGGCAGAUCAUUCCCCCGGCUGGCUACUUCUCCCAGGUGGCAGAGCAUAUACGCAGGGCCGGAGGGCUCUUUGUGGCAGAUGAGAUCCAGGUCGGUUUUGGCCGAGUAGGCAAGCACUUUUGGGCCUUCCAGCUGGAGGGGGAAGACUUUGUCCCUGACAUUGUCACCAUGGGCAAGUCCAUCGGCAAUGGUCACCCUGUCGCCUGCAUGGCCACUACCCAAGCUGUGUCAAGGGCAUUUGAAGCCACGGGUGUAGAAUACUUCAACACGUUUGGAGGCAACCCGGUGUCCUGUGCUGUGGGGCUGGCAGUCCUGGAUGUCUUGAAAACAGAACAGCUCCAAGCUCAUGCCACCAAUGUGGGCAGUUUCCUAAUGGAGCACCUCAGCCAGCAGAAAACCAAGCAUCCUAUCAUUGGAGAUGUCAGGCUGAAGGAGGACUGUAUUUUAGUGAGCACGGAUGGCCCUGGGAGGAAUGUUCUGAAGUUCAAGCCUCCAAUGUGCUUCAGCCUGGACAAUGCACAACAUGUGGUAGCAAAGUUGGAUGACAUUCUAACAGACAUGGAAGAAAAAGUAAGAAGUUGUGAAACACUGAGGAUCCAGCACAGCUCAGUCAAGCACCUUCCAGGGUCCACAGGUCCAGGCUACAGAGCGGCAGCAGGAAGCAGACCCUCCAAUCUAGAACAGGGUAACCUGGUAAUAAAAUCAGCCCCCUAAAUGCCGCUCUGGCCUCUGAGACGCCACACGCUGCCUACAACAACUAGAGCUCUGGAA